AUGAGGUCAGGGCCUCACAAAGGUCACAGAGGUCUGGGCCUCACAGAGGUCACAGAGGUCCGGGCCUCGCAGAGGUCAGGGCCUCACAGAGGUCACAGAGGUCAGGGCCUCACAGAGGUCACAGAGGUCCGGGCCUCACAGAGGUCACAGAGGUCAGGGCCUCACAGAGGUCAGAGAGGUCCGGGCCUCACAGAGGUCACAGAGGUCAGGGCCUCACAGAGGUCAGAGAGGUCCGGGCCUCACAGAGGUCACAGAGGUCAGGGCCUCACAGAGGUCAGAGAGGUCCGGGCCUCACAGAGGUCACAGAGGUCCGGGCCUCACAGAGGUCAGAGAGGUCCGGACCUCACAGAGGUCACAGAGGUCCGGGCCUCACAGAGGUCACAGAGGUCAGGGCCUCACAGAGGUCACAGAGGUCCGGGCCUCAAAGAGGUCACAGAGGUCAGGGCCUCACAAAGGUCACAGAGGUCAGGGCCUCACAGAGGUCACAGAGGUCCGGGCCUCACAGAGCUCACAGAGGUCCGGACCUCACAGAGGUCACAGAGGUCCGGGCCUCAGAGGUCACAGAGGUCCGGGCCUCACAGAGGUCACAGAGGUCCGGGCCUCACAGAGGUCACAGAGGUCCGGGCCUCACAGAGGUCAGAUCAGUGUAAUGUGCCAUAA